UAUAGUGAACGUCACAGGGACUGUUCCCUUCGUUGUAGACUGUCGUUGCGGUGAGUAGAUCACUAUAGAAAAGGUUUUGCUGUCAUGUCGUCACUGUUGGAAAUGAACGAACGAUUAUUAUUGGAAGCUGUGGAGAGAGGUGAUAUUCAGUUAGUAACGCGUUUUUUGGAUUUGGGAGUUGAUAUCAAUGGUCCUGAUAUGUAUUGGGACACUCUUCUGAUAAAAGCGUGUGAGAAUAAUCAGAAGGAAAUGGUAGAGUUUCUACUCACUCAAUCAGCAGAUGUUAAUGGGACUGGCAUUGUUGGAUGGACAGGUUUGAUGGAGGCAGCAUGGAAUGGAUAUGAAGAUGUCGUAAAUGUUUUAUUGAAGACCAAAGAUAUUAAUGUGAUGAAGAGAGAUAAUUUUGGAGUGACAGCCAUUCAUCUUGCUGCAAAGAAUAAUCACGUGACCAUUGUAGAGAGACUUUUGUCUUGUUCUGUUCCUGUUGAUAUCAAUGAUAAUGGUGGUCAUACACCACUGUGGUUUGCUGCCUAUCGUGGUCGUGUGUGUUGUGUUGAUGUUCUCCUAAAACAUGGAGCGAGUCCCCAACAUGAGAGUAAGUGGCUAGGAUCACCACUGGAGAUUGCCAAGAGAAAGGGUGACAGUGAUGUGGUUGAGAUGAUGGAAGAAGCCAUAAGAUUGAGAUCUCAUCCCUAUAUUGAGGGUCAUGUGUCUGUUAUGAGACAUCAAUAUGAAGAGAAAAUUGCUGAACUGGAGAGUGAAGUGGAGCAUAUGAAAGAAGAAUUAAGACAAUCAUCCCUGGUCCAUGAGAGUGAAAUAAGAAGACUGAGUAACGAAAUCCAACGGAAAGAGAAGGAAAUACGACGUCUCAGAAUGUCAGCAGCUGAUAGAGCGGGUGAAGUUCAAGUGGCUCCUGAAACUUGGUUGUCGUUGCAGUCACCGGGAGACGUCAUGCGUGCUGUUGUUUCUCUGGCUGGUGAUCAGUGGAGUUGUGUUGGACUCGAGUUAGGAUACGAAUUCUCUGAACUCGAAGCAAUGACAUCGACAAUUCCUUUAGCUUCAGGCAAACUGAAUGCAAUACUGAGAAGAAAGGCUAAUGCUGUCGGUAGCAGCAAAGUUGUUGGUAUCAUCUUGUCUGCUUGCCAGCAGAUUUCCAUGCCAAUUUGUGCUGCUGCAAUAAGAGAUGAGGUGGUUAGACGUCAAGAGAGACCGAGAACACAGAACGGUGGACAAUAGAAUAAUUGACUUUGUCACUUUGUUGUUUGCAUGUCUGAUCAUAUGGUUUAUUGUUGAUGUGAACAAGUGAUGUUUUACAUUUUAGAAGAAACACAUCUUUCUUGUUUGUACUGCUACAUGCGUUCUUCUUUUGUUUUUACAUUCAUGGUUAUGUGUUAAUAGAAUAGUUUCAUUC